AUGCAUAAGGGGAGGUCACGCUCACCUACCAAGUCGCCGUUCAACCGUGAUUCGAAGGUAUAUACAGGCCCAGCUCCCGAGCCAACAAAAAAGUACCUCGAACAAGCUGCGCUGGAACCGCAUCGCAGGUUUGCACCUAUAUGGCCGCAGCACCUUCUGAUCCUCGAUCUCAACGGGACAUUGGUUCACCGUCCAGACCGCCGCAAUUUGGGCAAGAUCAUACCACGUCCUUAUCUGGCUCCAUUCCUUGAGUUCAUUUUUGCGAAUUUUGACGUAAUGGUCUGGUCAAGUGCGCAGCCUGUCAAUGUCGACCUCAUGGUCAAAAAGGUGCUUGGCGAAAAUUACACCCCGCGGCUCCGUGCAACGUGGAACCGCAAUAACUUUGGUCUUUCUAAGGAAGAAUACACCCAGAACGUCCAGGUCUACAAGCAGUUGACGCGCAUCUGGAACAGCGAGGAGCUCGGCGGGUGCAUGUACAGUCAGGCUUCCACGAUUCUGCUCGAUGAUACGGUUCUCAAAGCAGCCGCGGAGCCCUACAAUUUGGUCGAAAUACCGGAAUUUGCGGCGACUAAGGCCCAGAUGAAGUCAGAUGUUUUGCGCGAAGUGGCGGGCUAUUUGGACGAACUUCGCUACCAAAUGGACGUUUCGACUUUCAUAAAGAGGCAUCCCUUCAAGGCGGACGGCACGUGGCAAAUGAAGUGGUCUGAUGAUCUGGCGGACGGAGGGGUGAAGCUUGAGGACUAG